UAAUUGUCACAUUUUUUUAUUCCCUAAUUUGUAUAGCAAUUUAAUUGUUGGCUCAAUUGGCUAAUACAUACCAUUGUGUUUUAAUUGAAUUAUUUGAUAUGUUUUAUACUAAAGUUACUUGUUUGAAAUUAUAUUGGCAGUGCGGUUAAAAACUAGUCAUUAUAUAAAUAUAUAUUUAAGUAAUUUAAGUUUAAUAAAUUUUUAUUUAUUUAUUCUUGUUAAAUUUAAUAAAAGUAAAAAAUGUGUUUUAAAUAAAUAUGUAGCCAUCAUAAUUAUUGACGCUUAAAAAUAAAGAGAAUUUUAAAUUAAAGUAAUCAUUUUAAUAAUUUGAAUAAUAAACACAAAAAUUUACAAACAAAAUAAAGCUUAAUUUGUUAAAAAAUAAAAUUGUUCAAAAUGCCUUUAAUUCAACUAGAUGUAAAAAUGUUGCCAAUGAAAGUUCAUUAUUUCCUUUACAUGGGAGGUAUUGCUCCAAUUGUUUCAUUUCUUCCUACAAUAGCAAAACAAUUGGGUUAUUCUACAGUUGUUGUUGGAACUAUUUAUUCAAUUCUACCAAUUUUAAGCCUAAUUACUAAACCUAUUUUUGGAGCUAUAGUUGAUCAGUUUCGUGUCAAAAAAACUAUAUUUUUGAGUUUUAUUAUGAUUUCUGCAUUGGUAUCAUUUGCUUUAAUGUUCGUACCAGAAAUACCUUUGGAUACAAAAGCUGAAUUGCAUUGUCAUGAAUUGACUUAUUUAAAUGUUUGUCCGAAUGAUGAUUUACAAUUAUCUAAGUGUGAUGCUCAAAGAGUGAUGAAACAUACAACUGAUGGAUUAGUUAUAUGCCAACUGAAAUGUGAAAAAAGUAAAAAAUUUUAUAAUGAACUUUGUUCAACUUGGAAAUUUCAAGAAGAUUGUUCUACUUCACAAAAUGUGAGUGAUAUUGAACCAUCAGAAAGACCAAUUUACUCAAAAGAAAACAUACAGUAUAAUAAUAAUGAUAAAUAUGUUGAUUUAGCAAUCUCUUUACAGAUGAAUCAUACUGAACAAGUAAAAAAUUGUUUUUUCUUUCGAGUAGAAUCGGCUUUUGAUUUUCCUAAAGCUGACUCAAUCACUUAUGCGCCUGUAUGCAAAAUUUUUACAAAAACUACAUGUGAAGUACAAUGUUCUAGUGAAAUCAUUAUGGAUUUAAUAACUUCUGCAAAAUACAAUGGAAGUGUUUUAGAAUUGCAUCAAUUCUGGAUUUUUCUUAUUUUCGUUUGUUUGCUUUGGAUGAGUCAAGCAGUAGUUUAUAGUCUAGGGGAUACCAUAUGUUUUGAUUUACUUGGAAAUACUCCAAAUAAAUAUGGUAAACAGAGAUGUUGGGGUGCUAUUGGAUGGGGUUUUUUUACUAUAAUUGCUGGAUGGCUUUUGGAUAUCUUUAGUUCAAGUGAUGUUAAUAAAAAUUAUAUGCCAAUAUAUUAUUUAUGUCUAUUAGUUUUACUUAUCAAUUUUUUUACUGCAUCAAAACUUGAAAUAUUAGAAACUAAAAUUUCUACUAAUAUUUAUCGAGAUAUUAGUAAAUUAUUAACAGAAAUCAAAGUUCUUGGUUUUCUUCUUUGGACAAUAUUAUUUGGUAUUUGUGUUUCAAUUAUUUGGCAAUAUCUUUUUUGGUAUGUAGAAGAUAUAGCAUCAAUUUAUGAAUGUAGUACUCAAGCCUGGAUUAAAACAUUACAAGGAUUAGCAAUGGGCGUUCAAUGUUUUGGUGGAGAAGUUCCAUUCUUUUUCUGGUCAGGUUGGAUUGUGAAACGUUUAGGGCAUUUAAAUUGUAUGUCUUUGAUUUUGGGUGCAUUUGCUCUCAGAUUUUUUGCUUAUUCCUUAAUGACUAAUCCAGUUUGGAUACUUGCCAUCGAAUUAUCAAAUGGAAUUACUUUUGGCUUAGGAUAUAGUGUUCUUAUGUCUUAUGCUAGUGUAAUUGCGUUACCAGGUACUGAAAGUACAAUGAUAGGUCUUGUAGGAGGUGUUUUUGAGGGGAUAGGUGUAUCUUUAGGUAGUUUUAUUGGUGGUGUAUUAUACAAUUUGUAUGGAGGAAUUAUAACUUUUAGAAUUUUCGCAUUUGGUGCUGCAUUCAUGUGUAUUAUGCAUGUACUGUGCAGAAAUUUCAUUAAAUCUAAUGGGAAAUUAAGUUUACCAAGCCAUAUUGAGGAAGUACAAAAUGAUCAGUAUCAAUUAAAAAAAACAGGUUUUAUUAGUGGUUCAACCGAAUAUGCAAGUCCCAACGAAGCAAUCCAUAUGUUAAGUGACAGUUAAAAACUCUUAUGUUCCUAAAUCAACUAUUUAAGUAUACAAUUAAUUGAACUUACCAUCAAGUUAUAUAAUUUUAAAUUAUUUAAAUUGAUAUUCAGUAUUUAAAUUUUUUACAAUUAAAAAAGAAUAGUAUUUAAAUUACUCUAUAAUGAUAAUCAAAUUGUAUUUUUAGUUUUAAUAAUUGAAAAUUAGUUAUUGUUAUAAGUUAUUGCACUGGACCCUUCAAUUGAUGCAAUUUAUGUUCUAUCUAUGCAAUUUAAUUGUUUUACAUUUAAUAUUUUUAAAUAUUAUUUUUGUCUCAAAAAUAACUUAACGUCAACUACUUUAAAAAAUAAUUGAAUAAUUAUUUUUAAAAAUUUAAUUUUGUAAUAUUUUACACAGUAGCUUAAAUGUAAUUUUAUCAUUGUUUAUAUGCCAUUUCAUAUAUCAUUAAAUCAUGCUCUAAAUUACUUGCUAAUAUAAAACUUUUAUUUAUAUUUUUAUCAUAGGUACAAUUUGAAUAAAAUGUUUAGGGAAUCUGACUUUAUUUCUCUUCUCUUGAAAAUAUUUCUAUAUAUAUAUAUGAGCAUGUAAUUUUCAAUAAUUUUGGAGAGGCUGCAACAGAAUAGGGGAGUUGAGCCUCUCCUAGAGCCCCUAGAUUACACCUAUGUUUUUUUUUGAUAAUUUUUAAUGUGUUAAUGACUAAAAUAUGAAUUGUUUUGUUGUGUAUAAGUUGUGGGAGUGUUAUAUUGCUAUGGAAUUUUUUUUUAAAUUAUUGAGUUUUUUUUAUUUAUUAGUAUAAUAGGUUUGGUGCUUAUACUAUAUAUUUUUUGAUCAUAUGUCUUAAUUCUUAGCAUUACCAGUGAGUCACUCAGAGAUCAACCAAAAAAGACAGAUUAAUUAUUAGUUCUUUAAAAAAAUAUAGUUAAAUCAUUAUUAUCAUAAGUACUUAAUUGGUGAUAUUAUUAUGAUACAUAAAGAACUAUUUUUGUAAUUAUUGUGAACACUAACGUGUUUAUAUAACAUAUUAGCAUAAAAUAAUGUAAUAAUGUUAGUUUUGUUUUUUAAAUAUAUUUUUUAAAAUUCUUAAAA